CGUUCUCGCGAGAGCGCUCGCGCUACCCAGCAGUCUGCGGGGGCAGAGUCGUCACCAGCGUCCUUCGGAGCGGAAGAAAGAUGGCUUCCGCCACUCGCGUCAUCCAGCAGCUGCGGAACUGGGCGUCUGGGCAAGACCUGCAGGCGAAGCUGCAGCUGCGCUAUCAGGAGAUCGCCAAGCGGACCCAGCCACCUCCUAAGCUCCCAGUGGGCCCCAGUCACAAGCUGUCCAACAAUUACUACUGCACUCGUGAUGGCCGUCGGGAAGUUGUUCCUCCUUCAAUCAUCAUGUCUUCACAGAAGGCCCUAGUGUCGGGCAAGACAGUUGAGAGAAUGAGGCGAAAAGGCUGGUGAUAUUGCAGCAUUUGAGAGCACUUGUUGAUCUUGCAGAGGACAUGCUCAGCUGUGGCAGCCACUAAGAAGGCAGUGACGCCUGCUCCUCCAAUAAAGAGGUGGGAGCUGUCCAAGGACCAGCCAUACCUGUGACACUGCCCCAGGCUACUUUGCCGGGUCCCCAUGGCCACCUGACUACUUUUCCUCCUUGGAUUUCCUCUGGGGAGAGCAUGACCUAAUUUAUAACAAAUACAUAGAGCUCACAUUA